AUCGCUGGCAAAUGUGCACGCACACGCCAUUGCCUUUCCAGUUGUUGCUGGCAGCUCUGCAGUAGGACACAGCCCCAGCACCUUGCCGUGCUGCAUCCUCUGUGCCUUGGGAAGAGGAGGAAGAGGCAGCUGCGGGAAGGAGGCAUUGCAGGAGAGGAGAGGAGAGCAGAGGAGCGGGCGGCUGGCCCCGCCGCUGGGCAGAAGGGGCGGGGAGGCGGAGGCUGGCACUGGGAGCAGCGCGUACCUGGAGCACGGGAAGCUGUGGAGAGGAGGGGACAGCGGGCUGAGGGCUGCGCCCCACCGCCUCUGCUCGCCUCUGCCCGUCCUCCAACGCGCUAGGGAAAUUCGGGGGAAUGUUCUGCUCCCUUAUUUCUCUCCUCUCUUGCCCUUUCUGAAGAGAAGAAUCAAAGAGAAGAGAUGCAGAGAGGAAGGAGAAAGUGAAAUUGUGAGAUGCUGCUGGGAACUUCGAUCUCUUCCCUCACAUCCCUUUCCCUGCGUAGAAAUGGAAAAGGCAUCCCGCUCCCUCUGGUGCAAAGUGGCUAGUGUGGGAAAGCAGAACCUGGCAGCUGAACGAGAAUGUGAUGCUUGAAGAAAGAACCAUCUGCUCACUUUGUACAUGAGGGAUGGAAAUCUCAAAAAUACUUGGGCUCCUGGUAGAGCUGUUGAGUCUGCUAUCCUGUCUCAGAUGUGUGGAGGCUUUCUUGGGAUCCAAGCCCAACCAAAACCAUUUGCAGAGUGCAGCGCCCAGCGUGUGUGCUGUGGGACCUCUGGGGUACUACAAUGGCUCACUGGCAGUCACCGAGGCYGGGGCAGAGUGUCUCAACUGGGCAGAGUUCCCUGAUUAUGUUCAGCAGUACCCAGACCGUGGCCUGGGGGACCACAACUACUGCAGGAACCCAGAUGGAGGAAUGACACCCUGGUGCUUCUACCGGCUUGUGUCGGGGGCCAUUGGCUGGGCCAACUGUGACUGUAACCAAGGUGCUGUGCGGUUGGCUGAAGACAGUAGUGUGGAGCUGUACUUCAAUGGACUCUGGGGUACCAUCUGUGCUGACCACUGGACUGACUGGGAUGCCAGUGUUGUCUGCAGGCAACUAGGUCUCAGUGAGAUCGGCACAGCUGGGAAGAAGAGUCAUCCUGGGCCAUGGCCUGUUCCCCUGCAUCUGCAGUCAGCAAACUGCCAUGGAGAUGAGGAAGCCCUGCUGCAGUGUGCCUAUCAGGAAGUUAUGUCAGAAGCUUGUACCCAGGGGACUGCCACAGUAACUUGUGUUCCUCCGGAAGGUGUAGGUGCCCCUCUGCGUAUAGUUGGGGGAAAGGAGAGUUUUGAAGGAAGAGUGGAGGUUUACCAUGAUGGCAAGUGGGGAACCAUCUGUGACGACCAGUGGGAUGACCGGGAUGCUGAAGUAGUCUGUAGACAACUGGGACUCAGUGGGACCCCAAAAGCCUUGUCAUGGGCUCACUAUGGGCAGGGAUCUGGCCCAAUUCUGCUGGAUGAAGUUCAAUGCUCAGGGAAYGAACUCUCCCUUGAUCAGUGCAAGAAGAGUGACUGGGGACAGCAAAACUGUGACCACAUUGAAGAUGCUGGCGUCUCCUGUAACCCUUUCACAGAGGGCACUGUCCGGCUGGCUGGCGGCCUCAGCCCCAGCGAAGGCAGGGUGGAAGUUUAUUACAAUGGAGACUGGGGCACAGUGUGUGAUGAUGGCUGGACAGACCUCGGCGCCCAGGUGGUCUGCAGGCAGCUGGGCUUCAGUGGUCCUGCUGCUGUGGCUUCUGAAGGCGACUUUGCUGCUGGCCAAGGCUUCAUCUUACUGGAUGAUGUGGCAUGUGUGGGGACAGAGCUGUCCCUCCUCGACUGUCCCCACAGCAAUUGGGGGCAGCAUGACUGCUCGCAUGUUGAGGAUCUGGGAGUCCGCUGUUCCCCAGAAAGCAACACAGUCAUGGAUGGCAGCCUGGCAGCCCAUGUGUUUUCACCUUCAGGACCCCCUGUGCGGCUGGUGGAUGGAGAAAGCACCAAGGAAGGCCGGGUUGAGGUGCUACUGAAUGGGCAGUGGGGCAGUGUCUGUGAUGAUGAUUGGACAGACAGAGAUGCCACAGUGGUUUGCAGGCAACUGGGAUUCAGUGGUACAGCAAAAGCCAGGGCAAUGGCUUAUUUUGGUGAAGGCCAUGGGCCCAUCCAUGUGGACAACAUAGAAUGCAGUGGCAUGGAGCACGCCCUGGGGCAAUGUGCCAGGUCUGACACCAGGAUUCACAGCUGCUGGCACAGUGAGGAUGCUGGUGUGAUCUGUGACUACGUUGAAGAGGAGAUCCAAGGUAUCAGGAGAACAGGUCCAGAGUCUGGUGUGUGUGGGAUGCGCCUGCUUCACCGUCGCAAGAAAAGGAUCAUAGGUGGAAACAAGUCUCUGAGAGGCAGUUGGCCAUGGCAGGCCUCACUGCGGCUGAAGGGUUUUCAUCGAGAUACUCGUCUGCUGUGCGGAGCAACGCUGAUCAGUAACUGCUGGGCAGUGACUGCAGCCCACUGCUUCAAAAGGUUUGGUGUUGAUGUGCGACGCUACCUCCUGCGGGUGGGAGAUUACCACACAGGCGUGAAGGAUGAGUUUGAGAGGGAGCUGCCCUUGGAGCGGAUUGUCCUCCACAGGAACUACUGGGCUGGCAGCAAUGAUAAUGACAUAGCCCUGGUCCGGGUGCGGGGCAGAGAAGGGCACUGUCUCUCCUUCAAUCACCACGUUCUGCCCAUCUGCCUGCCUGACAGGAGAGAGAGGUCUGACAUCAACAGGCAAGCCUGCAUCAUCUCUGGCUGGGGAGACACAGGGAAGUCCUACUCAAGAACCCUGCUGCAGGGGGUGGUGCCUGUUCUCCCGAGGGAAGACUGUGAGGCCCGUUAUGGGCGGAAGUUCACCAACCGCAUGAUUUGUGCUGGGAACCUCUCUGAAGAUAAACGGGUGGACAGCUGUCAGGGUGACAGUGGAGGGCCACUCAUGUGUCAGAGAUCAAAUGGACGCUGGAUCAUUUUGGGUGUCACUUCCUGGGGGUAUGGCUGUGGUCGGAAGGAUUCACCCGGUGUGUACACAAAGGUCAGCAAAUUCGUACCCUGGAUCAARAAAGUGACCAAGCUAAAAUGAAAAUGACUGAGCUCUAGGAAUUUCAGCAUGUGGUCCUUAGUGCCCUGCAGCGGCAGAAGGCUGUGGCUUCUGGACUGUGACUGAUGGAGAUUUAUUUUGUCAUUGGACAAUGGCAAAAGACUUUAAUGUAGAACUGAAGGAAAACAGCUAAGACUGAUUCUUUGAAGUCUUUGGUUUCACUUUAGUCUGUAAUCUGUAAGCAGAGAAAGCAGGUGCCCACUGGUGACAAUAAUAAGUAUACRUUGCUCUAAUAUCUGAAUCCUGUAAUGCAAUCACACAUUCCUUUGCCCCGGUACACAGAAAUGGUAGAGGUAAAGAGAUGCCUACUMCUGCAAAUUUAUUCAGAUUGUGUAUUUGGACAGUUGAAUCAUGCUGCAAGGAGAGGUGAGAUGGUUGCAAGAUGGCACCAGGUGCUGGCAUAGUGGAAAUCUUUGGAUAUUUUUUCAUAACAGCUCUCUUUAAUUCCAGCAAUCAGAAGAUUUGAUGUGAGUUGAGAAAMAGGCCAACAGUUGGGUUUUUUUCCUUCCCUGUUAUGUCUCUAGGGGGAACCUUUUCUCUUCUGAAUAGUAGGUUUGCUUCCAUAUAAUCCCUUUCAAGUGUCUGCCCAGGCUAAGAGAUGCUUUUCCUUCCUGCUGUAAUUCUCUGUCACACAUUUCCAGCUGCCAGAUGCUAUGUUUUUAUUGCUGCUUUUUUGCUAUAGUAGUUCAUGUGUGGUUGGGCUUUUUCUUCUUUCCUUAAAGUAGCAUCUUCUACAAUCAGUUGUUGCUGUGAGAGGCAGUAGUUUUCUUGCCCUCUUGAUUGCUAUGAAAAACUUAAAAAUGUGUCCUCAAAUGGCUGAAUAGACGUGUUAUUUUUCUUUAAAUCCAAAUGUAAUCUUAAUCUCAAACAUUCAAGUGUUGAAUCGUGAUUCAACAGCACUGUGGGGACUUGCUAUUGGUCCCUUAUUCACCAUAGUUAUUAGCUGCCCUUUGUUUGUGCUGCUAGUCUUUAAUAUCUCUGUGUUCACAGUUUUCCCAUGAAAUAUGGAAUUUCUCCUGGGGUAUAGAUACAGCUCCAGCAAAUUACUCAUUCUUUGUGAGAAAGACUAAGUGUGCUGCACAGUAAGCAGCUUCCCACUUUUGUGAAGUGUGUCCUGUUCUUGAAGCCUCUGUGCUAUGCUUCUUUUUUCCCUUCUUUGCACUGKAUCUUUCAUUCCUGUCAGUGGGAGUAAAUUGGCUUAACUUGAGGGUAUGCAAGCACUGUCAUCAAGCUGUAGUUCUCAGCCUGAAAGCAGGAGUUAUUGAUACUACAAUUUCUUUCUUCUGUCUCAUCCAAACAAAUGAACAGAAUUCCCUCUUACGCCUUAAGCACUUUUUAAAAUUAAUUUAUUAUUCUUGAGUAGGAAAAAAUAUAUAAAAGUAGACAGAAGGGCUAAGUGCCUUAACAGUUGUACAGUCAGAGAGGACAGGUCUGUGCAGGAGCAGGAGCAAAAAGCUUUGCUGUGUAACCAARGGCUUGAGUGUGAGUAAUAAUACAGGAUGGGACAUGUGGAACUUGUGCCAGAUGURCAUGUUUUGGGUAGGCAGCAACUGGGUCAGGCACUGACCUGCUGUCUGGAAAGUCUGCACUCAGGGCAUUGAGGUGUUCAGUAUCUGGGUAUUACCAAUGCAAGUACAGAAGGCAGAGCAGUCUGUGGAUUAGCAGUGUCAUAUUACAGGRAAUGUGGUGACAGUUUUAGAAAUUGCCUUGGGUUCAAGAAGUAGUGAUUGCCUAAAGCUUUAAUUUGUCUUCUAUAAAAUAGCUUAAUGUAAAGGUGCUAACUUGACUAGAUGGCUGAUUUUUGUGUGUGAAAACUAAACUAAACAGUGUGUUAGUUUUUGUUUAAAGUUUUGUUUACCAUUUCCAGGUAUUAUAGGAUAGUUGGCUACCAGUGUUGCAAUGGACUGUUUUAAAAUCCUGCUUGGAAACUUCAUUUUAACAAAGAAUUGUGGGAAUCUUCAAAACCUGUAAUGUCAGGACCCCCGCAAACUGGCCUUUGAGACAAACCUGAUCUGUUUGUGCCUCUUCUAGAGGUGCUGAAUGUCUUCAGUGCAGCUUUGUGCUGAUAACCCUGUUUAAGAUGCCAGACUUGAUCCCUUGGCAGCACUGUGCUUGGCUCCACGCUGGCUGUGCUGUCCUAUGGCUGCUGGCAGAGUCUCUAAAAUGCAAGCUGCAGACUGCUCCUUAUCUCCCAGGAAUUAAAAUGCCAAGUGGACCAAGGGCAAAUAUGUUACAGACCUCUUGUCUUGUGGGGGAUUACAUGCCAAGUUCUAAACUGGCAGGAGCAACAGCUGACUGGGAAACAUGAARGGAUUUGGGUUUUUAAAUUCAGCCUCUCCUGAGCCAGCACGCUACAGCAGCUCAAAAUAGAGUUUCUGUGCCUUAGGUGCUGUCACAUCUCUAGUUUAACCUGGUUUGAUCUUUCAGUUUAUACCCAUAACCCCAAUAGGCACAGAAACACCCAAAGGAUGACACUGUCAGGUUAUUUCCCUAAGCCUACCUAGUGAGUGGCCAUUCAGGAGUUAGCAUAAAUUACCAUGUAACACAAGUGAGACACAGGCCUGGCAUAGCCUUCUGAAAUUCCUGUGUUMUAGUUCAAAAUAUUUCUUUCUCCUAGAUCUUGUCACUAUGAAAGCUGUGAGAAUCCUUGUAAUUAACACCUUGUGAGUCCUGCAUGAGCCAGGAGGAGGGAAGUAUCCAAWCUCCUUUGCCUGCUUUUAUACCUUACUGGUGCUGUAGGUGAGCCUGUCAAUACGCUCCUAUGUUGACCUGGCRUGUUUCAGGACACAGCUAUUGCUCUUCACUGUUUAAUCUGGGACUGUGGCCCAAACCAAGCUCAUGUGCUUUGCCACUGAGGCUUACUGGAACUGCCUGAGCAGCACUCAAACACCCUAGGACUGUAUUUUAUAAUGCUGGACAGCAGCAGAUGUUUCAAAAGAUAGUAUGUGUGAGUUGUACUAAACAAGUUUUAACAAUCUUUCCUUUUGGAGAAUUUUGGUUUUGACCCUUUAAAAUUAAUUACUUAUUUCAAUUAUUAAUUUAAAUCAAUUAUUAUUUUAAUUAAUUACUAUUAUCRUAAUUAAAAAUGGAAGUACAAGUACUUGGUCCUCUAGGUGUUGUACAAACACUGUGCACUAUCCUUCUGUCUUUUUUUUUUCCUAAAGURUAAGAGUUUAUAUCCCUAAAUUUAAAAAACUAUUUAAUGUAACUGAUGUAACCAACCUUCAUCUUUUAUAUAAAUGUUUAAAGUUUUUGGUUUUAAUCCAACUAAGCUCUCAGUCUCAGUAUUUUCUGGCAAUGAAAACCAUUAUAAUUUUAUUCUCUAWAGCCCAUAAUUUCUUUUUAUGGUUCCUGAAUUAAUUGCCUUUUGUUUUCAUUGAGUACCAUCUGUCCUCGUGUUCUCAGCCACAAGAGGAAAUAAGGAGCCUGGCUUUAUAUUCUCUGUUAUACAUUAUUCUAGAGACAGUUUCUUUUCCAAGACUGUGGCUUCUCUGUCUUCUUCAACCUAAACUGUGUAGGUGUCUGAUAAYAUGCAGGCUAUUUCUCCAUGUCUUCUCUUUCGGAGGCAUCUUUAAACUUUGGUUAACAACUGAAUGCAGUUUGCUAGGGGAGGCUGUGUCCCCUGCUGAUUAUCUGAGUACAAUUUUCCAUAGUAGGCAAUGUUGUAAGUGAUUUUAAUGCUGUAUCUGUAUGAUGGAGCUAGUUUUAAACUUGUUAGUGUGGUUUUGGUGGCAGCCUAGCUACAAGGACAUGAAAAACCCCUGAGGUUAGUUCUCCCCGUGUCUCAGGCAGGUGCAGCAGUCCCACUGAGCUCACAACAGCUGCUGUAGGUCUGUCUGGGGAGCUCUGUGUACGGAGCACCUGGAGAACUGUGUAAGCUUUGCUUGUGCUGACAUACGUGGAGGGCUGGGACAAGUUCACCUKUGCAGCAUUAGUCCCCUGGAUAAGGCUAAGGUGUGUGCAUUUUUUCCAGGAGCUGAGAGCUCAGUGUUGGUGGUGGCUGCACUGUGUCACAUGGAUGCCCUGAGAGAACUUUCCAUAGUGGAUUGGCACAUGAUAGUUGUGUGAGAAAGGGAACAUCGCUAUGACUGGCUAGGAGCACUGGCACGAGUACAAACGUGGCUGUAGUAAGGGUCUAAGGAGCAGCUCUUAGUGCUGUCGACAUCCCUCUGAGAGAAUCCCCCAGUGCUCCAAAGGGUGCCCCAGUAUUGGAGUCUUCCUGGGCUGCAGUGCCUGCUGUGGUACUGUCUUGAAUCUCUCCACACUUUUGCCAACUGAAGCUGGAUUAAAGAUUUAUCACUUUMUUGUGGCUGAAAACUGUUCUGAUGAUUUCUUUGUUCGAUGCUGUAAUUAAUCAGGCAGCUUUUUAUUAACCUGGACAGGAUGUCAAUUAUCCUUGUAGUCCCUGUAAACUUGUAGCAGAAGAUAACAGAUCAGUUUCUCAAMGGUAUUAGUGGAAGCAUUGGUGAGGAACCAGGAAAGUGGGUAUUUGCUCAGGGGUAACAGAGGCAGKUCUGCCUUUUGUCUGUCUUCCUUUCUUUCUGAAGCCAAUAUCCUGAAAUCUCUUCAUACCAAAAGAGCUGCAGUGAUCCGUCGACCACUGGAAGACAGGUUUUUAUGUGUAUAUUCAGCAAUCAGAUGAAAGCUUUUGAGAGAUGAACUAUGGUGGGGCUUUUAACACUAUCUUCAUAGACUCACUGGGAGUUUCUUACAGCUAGAGGAACAGAAUCACCUCUGGUGGUAACCCACUUGGGACUGCUCCUUGUAGAACAAGGCACUGUGACCUGGACCAGUGCACAUCUCCUGGGCUGCAUUUUUUCUUGUUUGGAAAAAUACUUAAUUUUCCCUAUCAAAAUCUCAUUUUUGUAGUAGCCCAUUCAAGUCCUAUUAAAAUCCCUUUCUACUAAGGGCUGAGUACCUCUGAAGUCAGUGACGUGCCAAAGCUGUCAUGUCCCCUGGAACAACACCAAUGACUCACAAGGUAUGCUAAUAAACGGAUUAUACUGUGACUGUGUGGGGCUCUGUCUUAUUUUUCAUAAAGGAA